UUUUAUUUUCUUUUAAAAAAUAAUUAAAAAAAAGAAAAGAAAAUGCAAUAACUCUUGACACCCCUUAUUUAUUCCUGCAACAACCUCUUCCCUCAUUAGAAUAAUCCCACCCCUCAAUCAAUAACCUCUUCUUCCUGCAACUCAAACUCAACAUACUUAGAGAGAGAAACACUCUUAGUUAGAGAAAAAGAUCCUAAUUUAUGAACUGAAAAGGCGGUUCCUGUUGUUUGUUUUUUGUUUUUUCUAUAAAAGGGAUGUUGAAAACCUAGCAACUUCAAGUGCAACAACAACAACAACAACUAACAACAAAUCAACUGGGGGUGUUGUUCUUUGUUGCUUUAGUUUCUUUUUAAGCUAUACAAAAGUUGGUAGAAAUGGCGUCGUCAAAUCGACACUGGCCAAGUAUGUUCAAGUCUAAGCCUUGUAACAAUCAGCAGUGGUCACAAAAUCAUGACACAAACCAUCAACAAAGCUCUCUUCUCUCGAAUUCUUGCGGUCGCUCUUCUUCGAGUAAUUCUCCUUUCUCUUCAGGGUGUGAAGAGAGGACUCCGGAGCCGAAGCCAAGGUGGAAUCCGAAACCGGAGCAAAUUCGGAUCCUUGAGGCUAUAUUCAACUCGGGUAUGGUGAACCCGCCAAGAGAUGAGAUUCGGAGGAUCCGAGCUCAGCUCCAAGAGUAUGGUCAAGUUGGUGAUGCCAACGUGUUCUACUGGUUCCAAAACCGUAAGUCCAGGAGUAAACAUAAGCAACGCACUCUCCAAGCUAAAAUCACUGCCACCGCCGCCACAAUCACCAAUAAUACAACCGUUGGUAUCCACCACAACAGCCCGCCGCAACCAAUGCCAACCUCAUCCUCUUCGUCCUCCUCGGAAAAAGCAUCACCUCGAGAGGUGACUCUUUCUAGGUCAGGAGGAGGAUCAUCAUCAUAUGGUGGUGGUGGUAGUAGUAGCAAUAAUAGUGGUAAUGUUGUGGUUGAUCAAUUUGGAAAUUCUCCAACUUCUGUUAACCAAUGUAACCCUUAUUUCCAACAACUUGUUGCUCCGAAUCAUCAUCAUUCCACAACUACUCAUGAGUUUGUUUCUCAAGAUCCCUUGUUUUUCCCUUUACACCAAAGUGGUGCCAAUUUUAGCCAAGGGUUAUGCUAUAAUGAUCAACACCAUCAACACCAACUUAUGAAUAGUACUACUGCGGUUACUAUCCACGUGCCGCCUAGUUCCGAUCAGGCGACGGCGGGCGGGUUCUCGUCUCUCUUGCUUGGGGACAUGUUUGGUGGUGAUCAUUCUAAAAGAGAUCAUGAGGUGGACAAGUUUAAGUUUCAACAAGAGCUUAGUUUCUUGGUGACUAGUGCUCCUAAUACUACUACUUGCACCAUUUCUUCAUCCUCUCCUAUUGUUCAUACCCCUACUUCUACCGCCAUUUCGAGUAAUCUUGGUCAAAUGCUAGGUGUAGGUGAAGCAGGUGGACUUGCAGGGAAAUCAACGGUGUUCAUUAACGGGAUGGCGUUUGAGCUGGCGGUGGGACCUUUUAAUGUUAAAGAGGAGUUUGGGGAGGAUGUUUUGCUUAUUCACUCGGCUUCCGGUCACCAAGUUCUUACCAAUGAGUGGGGUGUUACUCUUCACCCUCUUCAACACGGCGCGUCUUACUUCCUUGUUGGUUGUGGUGCCGCCUCUCCGUUGCUCCAUAAACUCGAUUCCAACCCCGAUCUCCUUGCUCCGGGAUUUCCUUAUCAGAUCUAGAGAAGCUUUCAAAUCCGUCAGUGCGACAAAUUAAGAUCACAAUGCUAUGCUAUAAAGAUGCAUAGAAUUCCGCCUUCCGUAGUGUGCCCUUUUUCUUUAUAGAUUUUAUUAUCAUAAGUUUCUUAUAGCUAGUUUAUGUAGUAAUUUGGAUUAUGAAGCAAGCAUGGUUCAAUUAAUUUCCUUUUUUGUUUUCCCUUCUUGUUAGCUAUAUAUAGUACAUAAUAAUAUCAAAAAAGCUGCAAUAUAAUCUUUGCCAAAGUGAGUAAUUCAGUUAAGAUGGUUUUAUAGAUUACGGAGUAAGUAAUAAAUUACUAUUCGGUUCGUAUU